AUGACCCGUGAGGAAUGGGAUGAACUGAAACGUGGUAUCAGUCUGAUGAAGAUGCGGUCCGUACGCAACCAAUACGACCCGUUGGGCUGGUAUUUCCAGUCAAACAUACACGGCUGGCCAAAAUACGAUGCCUCGGCCGGUGCCCAGUCUAUGGUCAACAAACAUAACUGGCACCGGUGCCAGCAUGGUCACUAUUUUUUCCUACCCUGGCAUCGGAUGUAUUUGUAUUUUUUCGAGCGUAUCCUACAGAGGGUUACCGGCAACCCCAACAUGACUGUCCCCUAUUGGGAUUAUUUUGAUCCCGAACAACGGGCAUUGCCCGAGACGUUUCGGAUACCGCCCGACACCCAACAUAACCCGCUAUAUGUACGCGAACGAUGUCGGGCCAUAAACUCGGGUAUGCCGUUACGGGAGGAAAAUGUAUCGCCAGUACCGGCGCUGAGCGCAUCGUUUUUCGCUACCGACGACCGUAUCGAUCAGUUUCACGUAUGCCAUGCGUUCGGCGGUGGCCAGAGUCAGCCGAAAAUUAUUGCCCCCAAACAGGGUCUACUCGAACGGAUACCGCACGACAACAUACAUAUGUUUAUCGGCGGUCCGAACGGGUUUAUGUCCGACGAGUGUCGGGCCUCGAGAGACCCGAUUUUCUGGUUACAUCACAGCCAAAUCGAUCGGCUGUGGGAAUCGUGGAAAGCUAUGGGCGGUUCGGGACCGGUAGCCGUCGAUAAUAGCGAUCAGUUUUACAAUCAGACGUUUGACUUUUACGACGAUAGUGGUCGCCGUAAAACCUAUCGGGUAUCGGAUUUUAUGGACACCGCAAAAUCGUUGAACUAUCGCUACGAUCGGCUAUAUGUGGCCGAAAAUCAGGUGAAAGUCCGCCGAAAUGUUACUAAAAUACCCGAUGUAUUUGUUACCGCCCGACAACGUAAUGAAGCCAAACUGGCCAUUGUUCCCGUCGAACAAAUGUCUAUACCGUUGGAACUGGAGCCGCGCGGCCGUAAACUAUUUGAAAAGUUGGCCAAAUCGGCGGAUCAAUUACCGAAACUACGGUUUUCAUUACAGCUAAACUUCAAUUAUAUCGAUAGCACCCAUAUCUAUAAUAUGCAUAUGAAUCUACCCAACAGUACCUACCCGUAUGAAAAUCCACCCUAUUUUCUCGGGUCACUGGUCUAUUUUCAGGCCAACUGUGUCCCAUUAAUACGGCGGGAAUUACGCCAAAUAAAAAAAUGUUUCGACAUUACCGACAAUGUUAAACUCAUAUUGAAACAAAACUAUCAGUUUUCGGGGACAGUUAUCCAGGAUAUUAAUAUAACAUUUGUACCGAAAACAUGCGACGAUAUAGUAUUGUUUCAUCAUAAACGUGGCACAGGUAGUAGUAGUGGCUCAGGUAGUAGUGGUAGUAGUAGUUUAGAUACUAUGAUCCGAUUCAAUGAGAUUCAUUUGAUACAUUAUUUUAGCAAAUAA